CCGGAAAAUCAAGAAUAGGAAGUAAGUUCAGUUUUGGUGGGCUCUCCCCAAGUAUUUGUUCUAAAAAAAAUCAAGAAUGGCUAAGCGUGAACUAUCUACUACCUUGAGGAACUUGAAGUUUAUGCAAAGGGCAGCUCUGAGAGAGGAAAAGCCUAAGAAAGAAGAAGAUGAAGUGAUACCUGAUGGAAACUUCCCCUCCUCUAGUGCUCCCAAAAGAUGUGUUAUCGUUAUGGAAGGGGAUCCCCACCCUGGGGCUAUAAAGGGUCGGAUGUCUUUUCAAGGUUUCAAUCCUUCUAUUGAUAAAUUGAGUGAAGAAGCUUCAAAACCACGUGCGGAAGGUUCUGCUGCUUGUUCUUCGGAGACCAGUGAAAAAUUGCCUAAAAGAGAAAAUGGAACAUCACAAUGUGAGUUGGAGAACUCUGAUCUGGACGACUCGUAUGACGAUCCUAACGAAGAUCUUAAAUGGAAGCAAGAUACAUCCUCUGAGGCGCAGAAUUCAAACAAAUCAAAUAAGAGAGUUCUUGACGAUCCAGCAUCGUCACCUAGUAGUAGCGGGAGAUCCAAAAAGCCACAUAGAUUGGACUGGAGUGUUCUUAAACCCCCAAAGUCGCAAAAGAGAAGGCGGUAAGUGUAACUUAAAGGUGACCUCCAAAAUCGCAAAAGAGAAGGCGGUAAGUGUAACUUAAAGGUGAUUUUGUUUACUUAUUUAGAUUUUUUUUUU